GCACAGCGACCACUGAGCAUGCCUGCAGCCUCCAUGUCUACUAUAGGCUAUCCUGGGGUCUGCAGUACCACAUCAUACAGAACUCACUGUUAUAUCCCAGUGACCUCUUCUGUUACUCUUAGCUCCAGUGAUUUAAGCCCUACCUUUGGACACUGCUUACCCAGUAGCUACCAAGGAAAUCUCUGGCUCCUGGAUUACUGCCAAGAAUCCUACAGUGAAGCACCAACCUGCAAAUCUCCCAGCUGUGAGUCCAAGACCUGCAGUACCACUGGUUGUGACCAGUCAAACUCCUCUGUGCCCUGCAACUCCCCAUCAGCAGGCCAAGUCUUCAGUGUCUGUGAAACUACCAACGUCAGCCCCAGCCCCAGCUGCAGCCCAAGCACUCAGACCAAUGGGUAUGUAUGCAAUUGCCACAUACCCAUUCGAAAUGCUUCCAAAGCCUGCCAAACCCUCUGCAACGGUUCCAACUGCUUUGGACAACUUAACUGCUUACCCAAGAGUUUCCAAACUCUAAACCACUGCAGAUUGAGUACUUUGGGGUAUAAAAGCUACCAAAAUCCUUGCUUCAUACCCAGCUACAUCUCACCAUUAUGUUAUAUUUCCAACAGUUGCCAACCCCAAAGCUAUUUAAUGAGAAAUUAUCACUAUUCAAGCUACAGGCCUACGAGCUGCCGACGACUGAGCUAUUUAUCUAGAAGCUUCAGAUCUCUGAGCUGUAUACCCAGUACCUUUCCACCUCUGAGGUAUUUGUGCAGUGGUAGCAGACCUCUGAAAUGCUAUUGACCAACUUCCAGAAUUUAUAGCAGCUGGAAAUUGCCCAAUGGGGAAGAUUCUACUAAGUACUAGAAUGUCUAAUUUUCUGCUGAAUCUCUUUAUUCAGCCUAAGAAUCUUGUUACAUUAAGUUCAAAUAUAACUCCCAGGUUUAUUAACCACAGCCAGUAUCACCUGCUAGCUUUUCUUUUUUCUGUUGUUCUGUUAUUGCUCUUUGUACUAAAAGCUGACCCUGAAGGUAACAUCAUUACUUCUGAGAUUUAUUACAAUGGACUUACCGAAGAGACUCCAUUUGAAAUACAACCAUCACCGGCUUUCUUACUUUGGCUGUCACUGUCACUUCUCUGACAGUGUGAUUAUCACCUACCUUUCCUGAUGAAAUGGGGCCUCCAUGGUUUGACUGCAGAUUCCAGCAUGCAAGUUCAUUCGGAUGGCUUUGAUUGUCAUUAAUAUUUUUGUCAACUACCUAACUAGCACCUUGCUAAUAAGCCGACAGAUAACACUAUCUUGAGCAUAAUAAGUUGAACUAUUUCAUCCUUUUCUUACUGACUGAUUGUAAGAACAGGCAAAUAGCAAUGGUGACGAGCUCAAAAAUAGAAGACUUCAGCAAAUCUCUUCCAGAGAAGCCAUAAAACAAGAUUCACUGGUACUCAGCUUUUGUUCUCCAUGCCUAAGAAAAAGCCUCAGAAUUAGCUAAAGCAUGAAAAUUGUUUGUUGAAAGAAGAACAAAUACUGUUAGAGACCCUUUACAAUUAUGUGUAAUCUGCGUUUAGGAUUCUCCUAUCAUCUUGCCUUACUGAUUUAUUGCAUUCUGACUCUGGAAAAUGUCCUAGUUCUUAGUUAAUAAACAAAUUUCUGUCUGGAA